CCGUAUCUCAUCGAUGGCCCCGUCAAGCUGACCCAGAGCAACGCGAUCCUGCGCUACAUCGCCCGCAAGCACAACAUGUGCGGCGAGACGGAGGAGGAGAAGCAGUGCGUGGAUGUGCUGGAAAACCAGCUCAUGGAUUUCAGGAUGGAGUUUGCCCGGCUCUGCUACAACCCCGACUUCGAGAAGCUGAAGGCGGGAUACCUGGAGCAGCUUCCCAAGAAGCUCCAGGAGUUCUCGCGCUUCCUGGGCUCCCGCACCUGGUUCGCGGGGGACAAGCUGACCUUCGUGGACUUCCUGGCGUACGAUGUGCUGGACCAGCACCGCAUGUUCGUGCCCAACAGCCCCGAAUUCCAGGGAAACCUGGGCAGCUUCCUGCAGCGCUUCGAGGCCCUGCCCAAGAUCUCCUCCUACAUGAAGUCCCCACGGUUCAUUAAAGGGCCCUUUUUCUACCGCACGGCCAAGUGGAGCAACACCAAGGAGUGA